AUGCUGCACCGUAGUGCUGUUGUGCGCUGGGUCCCACGCUACGCCCGUCAAUGCCCUUGGGUACGACCGAGGGGGCAAAGGGCGGCAGCAGCCGCGGGGAGGGCGAAUGUUGCCUCAAACUGUUCACCGAUGUUUUUAGCCGUAAACGAGGAUAAUGGAGAAGUGAUGAUGGCAACCAAGGCAAGACAGCAUGAUGUACAAAAAGAGGCGUCAUCGGCGUUGGACCCAACGGUCACUGGUGUGUCACAAAUGUUGUUGCGAAAAGCAGAAACGCUUCUCCAUCGUUGGAAAAACUUGAAUGAGACGAUGUUAAUUCACUGCAUCGGGGGCGUCCCUUUCAUUGCCCGCAACCUCUCUCCAAAUAAGAUGAAGGAGUCUUUUCUAAAACAAGAGCAAGAUGCCGUGUCGUUUAUGGCCCAAACAGAAGUGUUCGCUGUUGUCAAGGAUAUGCUUCCUUUAUCAACGCAUCAAGGCGACAUUGGGGAUCGAAGUGAAACAGACGAGAUUCGGAACAACCCACAGGAAGACUCGAGGCAGGGGGGCGGAUUAACUUGUCGCACUAGCAGUAUGGUGGUUAUUCCCGAUGAGGCCACGACAGAUGCAGUGAAGUACUUGGAGCAACUCGGAAAGCAUCGCAUAGAGGCAGUGCAAGGCAAAGCUGACCUAGUGAAGGGUUCAUCCCCUACUUUACCUGUGAUAUUUUCUCUGCCUGAAAUUGUAGUAUUUCUUCAACUCUACGAUGAGAUGAAUUGUGAGGAUGGUGAAUUGCUUCUGCGCUUACUUGCAGAAUUACGGCGCAUCGUUUUUUCAGCAAGGAAAGAAGUUGGUGAUGAAAAACGUAUGUUGAGUGAAGCUGAGGAAGGCGUCGUCUCACGGCUGCUUUUGACGCUCUCCAGUCUUGGGAUUGCAGAGGAACAUGUGCUGCAACGGCUGGUAACGGUUAACGGUGGACGCUUCAUGUCAAGAGCGAAGCUUGCUCGAUAUUCAGAAGCUGACCUUGUUCGUUUACUGGUGGCCUUCGGCCGUUUUAAGCUUCACCAUGAGCCUUGUUUCAAUGUAACGGCAAAAACCUUGCGGCGGAAGUCAUUGUGUAGCCCCCUCAGGUCAUUCCGUCGCCGUGCGCUGGCCUACGCAUCAGGUGCUGUUUCCGAAGGAAACACGAAGAGGGUUAGUGUUUCUUCCUUGAUGGCGGGGCUCACGCUGAAUGACUUGUUGGAGGCAUUAACGGCCAUAGCGCUUAGUUUGUGUCGCGAUGUGGAGGUUGUGGAGUUGCUUGCGGCAAGUAUUGUCACCGCUGUGGAGGAGGAAGAAGAUAGGGGGCGCUCCAACAGAGGAGAGGCGCAGACACGAGACGAGGAAUUGGGUUUUGUUAGAACGCUGCAAGUUCAUAGGGCGACAAAAGUUUGCGAGCAAAUGGAGCUGGCACAGCCGGCGCUAGCGCAGCUGCUUCAUCGUCUUUCUAUUCGUUAUGGUGGGGUGCUUGCUGAUGGUGGCGAAGAUGCUCUGAGCCCAGAGCGGGUUGGAUUUUACGACUUCAUCACGGCAGAUUUGGUGAAGGUGCGUCAUAGCUGA